UCGAGGGGAGUUUGAAGAAUUGACUUCUGGGAUGCGGAGCAGCCGGCGGCAAGAGAGCGCGAGACACCAGCACCACCGCGGGGGAGUGAAUGUUUCCAGGAGCAGCAAAGAGACGAGCGGGAACUCCGAACCGCGCAGUUUGACUUAAACACACACAUUGUUCUGCUUUGCUCGGUGAACAGAGGCUGAGUGGAGGAGGGGGGGGAGGGAGGAAAAAAAAGUUAAGAUCCCACGAAUCAGCGCGUGGGAGUGGGAAGCAGGAUCGUGACCAACUGACUGAGGCAAGCUCCACUGUCUGUCUCGCCAUGGCAGCACCUGGAGGUGACAUGCAGUGGUGCUUCUCUCAGGUGAAAGGAGCCAUCGAUGAUGAUGUCGCUGAAGCGGACAUAAUAUCUACAGUUGAGUUUAACCAUACAGGAGAGCUGCUGGCUACUGGAGACAAAGGAGGGCGGGUGGUGAUUUUUCAGCAGGAAAUAGAGAAUAAAAGCCUGCCUCAGUUCCGGAGUGAGUACAAUGUUUACAGCACCUUCCAAAGCCACGAGCCAGAGUUCGACUACCUGAAGAGUUUGGAGAUCGAAGAGAAAAUCAACAAGAUCCGCUGGCUUCCUCAGAAGAAUGCUGCACAGUUUUUGUUGUCAACAAAUGAUAAGACCAUUAAGUUAUGGAAAAUCAGUGAACGAGACAAGAGACCUGAUGGUUAUAACCUGAAAGAAGAUGAUGGAAGAUACAAAGAUCCCAAUUCCAUCACAUCACUGCGGGUACCUGUUUUAAUACCCAUGGACCUGAUGGUGGAAGCCAGCCCACGGAGGGUGUUUGCCAAUGCUCACACCUACCACAUCAACUCUGUUUCGGUGAACAGCGACCACGAGACCUACCUGUCUGCAGACGACCUGCGCGUCAACCUCUGGCACCUGGAGAUUACCGACCGCAGCUUCAAUAUUGUUGAUAUUAAGCCAGCCAACAUGGAGGAGCUGACAGAAGUGAUCACAGCAGCAGAAUUCCAUCCUCAUCAGUGCAACACUUUCGUCUACAGCAGCAGCAAAGGCAUCAUCCGUCUGUGCGACAUGAGGGAGUCAGCUCUGUGUGACAGGCACACCAAGCUGUUCGAGGAGCCAGAAGAUCCGAGUAACCGCUCCUUCUUCUCUGAGAUCAUCUCCUCCAUCUCAGACGUCAAGUUUAGUCAUAGCGGACGCUACAUGAUGACCAGAGACUAUUUGUCUGUGAAGAUUUGGGACCUAAACAUGGAAAACAGGCCGGUGGAGACCUAUCAGGUUCAUGAAUACCUGAGGAGCAAGCUGUGCUCGCUCUAUGAGAACGACUGCAUCUUCGACAAGUUUGAGUGCUGUUGGAACGGCAACGACAGCGUGGUCAUGACCGGCUCGUACAACAACUUCUUCCGGAUGUUUGACCGCAGCCAGCGGCGGGAUGUCAUGCUGGAAGCAUCCCGUGAAAACAGCAAGCCCAUGCAGGUCCUAAAACCGCGGAAGGUCUGCGCCGGAGGCAAACGCAAGAAGGAUGAAAUCAGUGUGGAUAGCUUGGACUUCAAUAAAAAAAUCCUGCACACUGCUUGGCACCCCCAGGACAACAUCAUCGCUGUGGCGACGACUAACAACCUCUACAUAUUCCAAGACAAAGUAAACUAAGACGAAGGCAGGUUUGUGAGAGAUGAGGUGGAGAGAUUCUCAUCUUUACCACUGGCAGCCUCACCCAGGAUGACCUGUGGGGGUGCAGACUCCCAGCAUCCCUCUGUCACCUCCAGGUGACCAGACUUUGCCACUUUGUUUUGGAUGUGGACAGAGGAAGACGCUCUGGCCCAUCAUCAGUCAGUCUGGGGGGUGUAGUCACAUCUGCCUUGUUAUUUAAGUGAUGUGCCAAUUUUUUUUUUUUUUUCUUCUCUUCAAUGUUUUUGUUUUGUUCAGACAAUUUGCUUCUCCACUGUGGGCAAUAGUUUCAUUUCUGACUACAGGCACGCUCAUUUUUAUACCUUCCCCUAAAUGGUUCUGUAGUAAAACAAAGAAAUAAACACUUUAGUGUGUCCCUUUAUUGCCCUGUGCCAUUGUGAUGUUUAUUUUUCUAAGGAAAUGUGGAGUUUUUGACUCUAUGCGAAUACUGUUUUAGUCUGUUCCUUUGAGGAUCCAGCAGUUAACAGUUGUGUCCUCCUUUUUUUUUUAAAUUUCCUUUCACUUCCUGGUUGUUCCUACUCCACAGCAUCACCUGACGGUUGAUUUUAAAUACAGUGAGUCCAGACUGGUCCACUGAGGUUCUCGUCCUGCUCACUGUUUCUGUGCCUCAGGCUUCGGGGUGGGCGACGUUCCCAAGCUCCACAAGAGAUUUAUUUUGUUUUGAGGUUGGCUCUGUCUUAAAAUCAUUGUGGUUUAGUUCUGAUUUUGUUGUGUGUGUUCAACAAUAGGCAGGUAUGAGAGAGAGCCUAUACAAAGAUAACUAUGAUUGUCAUAUUUAUAUACAAAGAAAAGAGAAUUUGACUAAGAGGCUUUCCGUCCCUCUUUGGGAUAUUAAGCUGACCUUAAACAGAUCUUUUGUUUUGGGGGGGGGUUUGUCUUCCCAUAGUGAACCAUUUCUCUAAAGCAGCCCUUCUGAACAGGAACUUGGAAUUUGACACUGGACUUUUAUUGCUGCACCAACGGAAGUACUUGGAUAUUUGUGUUGAAUGACUGCAACUUAAAGAGAAAACGUUAUUUGAGGCAUUAAGGCGUCUUCAGUGAGGAUGAACUGCAGUCGCUGCUGCUUUGUGAUGGCACUCGGUUCUCCAGAACACCACAUUUACCUGUAAACUAGGGAUAUUGAUGCCUCUGAUAAUGUGUAAUUAUAAUUUUACUGACGGAAGAGGAAUAAAAAAAUAAAGGAACUACUUUUGCA